CGGGGCCGGGGCCGGGGGGCUGGGCCUGGUGGUCGUGGCCUUCCCGCUGCACGAGCCCGCCGCCCGGGGAGGAGCCGGAGCCGGAGGAGCCGGAGGAGGAGGAGGAGCAGCGGGCAUCAUGGCCGGCCUGGGCCCCGACUCCUGGUGGAAGAAGACCCUGUACCUGACCGGGGGCGCCCUGCUGGCCGCCGCCGCCUACCUGCUGCACGAGCUGCUGGCCAUCAGGAAGGAGCAAGAGGUUGACUCCAAAGACGCUAUAAUUUUACAUCAGUUUUCCAGACCAAAUAACGGCGUUCCCAGUCUGUCUCCCUUCUGUUUGAAAAUGGAAACGUAUUUGAGGAUGGCCGACUUACCUUACCAGAAUUAUUUUGAUGGAAAGCUUUCACCUCAAGGGAAGAUGCCCUGGAUCGAAUACAACCGGGAAAAGGUGUCUGGCACGGAGUUCAUUAUCGACUUUCUGGAAGAGAAGCUGGGCGUGAAUCUCAACAAGAACUUGGGCCCCCACGAGCGUGCCGUCUCCAGAGCCGUGACCAAGAUGGUGGAGGAACAUUUCCACUGGACGCUGGCGUAUUGCCAAUGGGUGGACAACCUGCACGAGACCCAGAAGAUGCUGUCCUUCAGCGGCCCCCUGAGCAACCUGCUCAAGUGGAUUCUGUGCCACCUGACGAAAGGCAUCGUGAAGCGGGAAAUGUACGGCCACGGCAUCGGCCGCUUCUCGGAGGAGGAGAUGUACCUGCUGAUGGAGAAGGACAUGCGCUCCCUAGCAGGACUCUUGGGUGACAAGAAGUACAUCAUGGGACCCAAACUGUCCACCCUCGACGCCACCGUCUUUGGACACCUGGCCCAGGCCAUGUGGACGUUACCGGGGACGAGGCCCGAGAGAUUGAUCAAAGGGGAGCUGAUUAACCUGGCCAUGUACUGCGAGAGGAUCCGGAGGAAAUUCUGGCCAGAGUGGCACCUCGAUGACGACAACACCACGUACGAGUCCGAGGAGAGCAGCGACGGCAGCAAGGUGGGCAACUCCCUGCUGCGGGACCUCAGCUUUUACUCGAGGACAGAGACGUUUGACGACGAAGGGGCGGAGAACAGUGUCUCCCGGACGCCCGACACGGACUUCACGGGCCAGUCGCUCUUCGACUCGGACGUGGACAUGGAUGACUGCACGGACCACGAACAGUGCAAGUGAAGCCUGGCUGGGCAGACCCUCUCCCUGGCCGAGCCGCCCCUCGGGGGGCCUUUCCAGUCUCCCCGCUCACUCUUCCAGUCCGCCGGGGAAGAGGUCAUCGCGUUGGGCACCGUUUUCCCACCCUAAUCGAACUCCGUCACCCUUACUUCAUUUUGUAAAAACAACAUUUGGAAUCGUGUGUGUUGGGGGCGGGGAGGGGGGGGUCUGAAGUCAACGGUUAAAAUACAGACAGGUCAGCGUGAUUCGCCAACCACCUUCACCAGAAAACCCGACUCCGGAGAGAACAGAACGGAUUGGAAGAGUCUCUUGAGGUGCUCGUCGGAAAUAGCGGAGGCUCGUUUGGAGCACUGAGUCUUAUAAGCUUCCUCCACCUAUCGUGGGUCUGAGGUGAUGGGGAGAAGUCAGCAAAAAAUCAAAUGAGACAGGCUUCCUGGGUUGUUUACAGAGUGCAAGUGUGGAUGUGUUACGUUGUGCAUUUCAAAGCAGCGUAGCCCGACUUCCAGUUCCGCCCCGGGCUUUCGACCUCUGCGUGCCUCAGUCACCCCACCUGUAAUAGGGGGAGCAGGACACUUUCCACGUACCUACCUCACAGGGUUGUUGUGAGGGUCCAUAAGAUCGACUUGUGAAGCUCUUUGAGCCCGUAGGAAGAAAAUCUCUUUGUCGACUUGAUGUUCGUGGUUGUGCGUCUCACGGGGGUAGCUGUGAAUGUGUACAGGAGGGAACCAGAACUUCCCGAGCUGUCGGGAGUAGAAAGACGAAGAUCACCUGCCAUCCCCUUGAGGCUAUUACUCUUCAAGACCCUGCUGAAAUCUUUCUUGGAAAGGAUGCUAGGAACCCCUCUCGGACCCUGAAGAUCACUGCUAGGACUGCAAAGUUUUCCUUCCUUUCCCGGGUACUCACCCAACCCGUGAUUUCCAUUCAGCUUCCAUAACUGGUACAUCCUUGGUGAGGAUGAAGCGCAGGCUUGUUGGUGUUUGGGUUGGAGGGGUGGGAAGGGAGGGAGGAAGAGGGGUGACGCAGGAGUCGGUAGGAUUUUAUUAGCAGGGUUAGGGAAGUAGGGUCUUCUCUGUAACGGACCCCCUUAAUGAAGUGGCUUUCUGGAAGAGGAUAGAUGGAAAAGGUUUCGUUAGGAGGAAAGAUCCGUAAUGGAUAGCUAAACAUCCGGCUUCUCUGGUCCCGACGUGUAACAGCUUGAUUGAUGCUUCUGGAGCAAAUUGUUUUCAAGGCACUUAAACUGCGGAGCCUAGGAGUGUGCCACUGAAUUUUUUAUGUCUCCACUUCAAGUAGACCAAAAUUUUCAUUCAUAUUCUCUCUCUCUGCCUCUAUUUUUUCACAUCAGUAAGUGCUCAGUACAGUACU